AUGCUUGUGAUACCGAGAACACUAAGGCACAAGUCGAUACAUUACUCAAUUAGCCUUCCACCAUGCGCAUCCUUGUGUAAGCGGGCGAGGCCAUAUUCACAAGCAACGGCACUUCAUGAUAACCAAAGAUCAGAGCCAAACACAUUACUAUACAACUUGAGCAACUACCAGAGUAGUUUCCCUAAAGACAAGGAAUUGAACAAGUACAUAGCAACACUCAAACAAUUGCUAGCUAACAGGCACGAGCCACAGGCAUUCAACAUUGGUGUCUUGUACGAGUCACCCGACGUGCGCCGAAAUUCGAAAAUUAUGGAGGUGUUACUUGCUGAUCCAUUGGCUUCGAACAAUCAAGUAUGGUUUGAACGCAUAAGGAAAAGGAACGGAUUGGCAAGAUUUAUAUUUGGAGAGUACAACAGAGAUCUUGUCGAUGCGGAUGACCUUGAGUACCAAAUUCCAUCGCCCGUACUAAAUGGAUUUUAUAGAAACACAUUUCACAAAGAAGCUCCAGAGACACCAAAUGAUUUGAUAAUAGAGGAGUUUGAAGAUGCGGCAGAGUUGGAAAGAAGGAUUAGUGAUUUGGUGUAUGUUGUAUAUGUCACUCAUCGAUUCAAUUAUGUCUCUGCAGACUUGCCCUCAAUUGUGAGAGAUCGACUUCUCUUGCAAGUCAUUGACAAUACAGAAUACUCGCCCAUGAGCACUGAACUGGCACCGCUCUCACUUGAGGAGGGAAUACAAACACAUUUGAUCAAAAUCAAUAGCAAACUUGCAUACGAGGGUAUUGUUCAAUUCAUGGAAAGAGAUGUACAUGCAGCAGACGAGUACAUAGAUAGCAUGACUCGAAGUAACAUUUAUGAGCUAUUCAAGUUUGUUGAUUAUUAUCUGAGAACGAACAAUUUGGUUAGUUGGUAUUUUGAAAAGGUUAGUGGAAUGAUCCAGAGUAAAAUCGACAAGUCCAAUACGGUAAUUAAUGAGGGUUCUGAAGUGACACAGUCGGAGAUUGAACAAUUUGGACAAAUGGUCAACUCAGAAUUGCAAUAUGAAUUUAUUCCGGAAACGACCAAUUUUGUUCAAAAGCAAUUGUCGUGGUGGAAGUUGUACUAUAAGAAUGACAAUGUGGAAUACGACUUGAAAGAUUUCUUUAGCAAACACUUUAUGAAUCGGGGAAUCGAGAAUUAUAAUUUCCUUCGAGGAAAGAUACUUUCUACAGAUGAGGUGGUGGAAAAUCCGCUCUUGGAAUUGAAAAAUGAUGUCAUUAAUAGGCGAGUCAGUUUGGAAGUCCAACCGCAAGUUUAUUCUAUACUUUCAAAAGCGUUUGUCUAUUAUCAACUACCCAUUUCGGUCAUUGCCGCAUUAGCAUAUCAGUUUUUCGGUUUCAGUGGGAAUGCCUGCAUAGCCUUGUCCAGUUUGGGGUGGGUGUUAGGUUUCAACCAAGUAUCAAGGGACUGGAUCAAAUUCAUAACCAAAUGGGCGAGGCAAUUAUUUGAAGAAGUGAGACUCACAGUUGGUGGUAAAUGCAUUGACCAUGGACUUUUGCAAGAAUCAAACGAUCAAGUAAUCCAACUUGACGCCGAAACCAAAAUCCGUCAAAGAAUUCUUCAUGAUAUAGAAAAGAGUUUUGUGCCAAAAUAA